AUGGAGAAUACUCGGGUGUUUGUCAGUGGGCUUCCACCUACUUGCUCUAAUGAUCAGCUUCGCAAUCAUUUUGCAAGCCGCUUCACUGUUACAGAUGCUCAUGUCCUGCCCAAACGGCGCAUGGGUUUCGUUGGCUUCAAAAGCAAUGAAGCGGCCCAGGAAGCUGUCAACUACUUCAACAGGACAUAUAUGAAGAUGUCCAGGAUCUCGGUAGAUCUUGCUCGACCGAUUGAUUCUAAGCCCACGGAGGGAGCUCAUCCUACACGAAAGCGUGAUGCUAUGGAAGCUGCUUCGGACCAUGCUCUCAAGCGUAAAAGGGAUGCCGACUCCAAGCCUCAAGACCCCAAGCUGCAAGAGUAUCUUGCUUUGGCGCAGACCUCUUCCAAGACCCGAACCUGGGCAAAUGAUGAUAGCACGGCCAUGGCCAUGGCUGCCGAGCAGGCCGUUGCUCCAAUUAACACACCAGCCCAGGAUACCAGUCCGUCUGAGGAACUUCCUUCGCAUCCGAAAAAGGUUCGUCGGGAACCUGCAUUCGAUGCUGACGCUGAGAAGCCCCAGACUAUGGAGGUGGACAGACCCGAUGAGGACGUGGAGGAAGUCACACCGGUGCAAGAGGAGACUGAGGCGGCGCAGGAUGAGACAGGCCCAGUAUCAGAUUCUGACUGGCUUCGGUCGAAGACGAGUCGUCUUCUUGGUCUCUUAGAUGAAGAUGAACAGGCUGAGUUCGACCAACACAAAGUUGCUCAACCAGCCGAGUCAAGUCGUGACGUCGAGGAAUCUCGCACUGCUGCCUUCGAGGAUGUCCAUCCUCAGCCUGUUACUGACGAUGCUACUGUUGAGGAUGGUGAUGCAGUUGAGACAACACCCGAGCGGCCAGAUCCAAAUGUCGAUCUCAUUCGUGAUUCUGCCCGCUUGUUCGUUAGGAAUCUUGCCUAUGACACGACCGACGCGGAUCUUCAGCCGCUUUUUGCUCCCUUCGGCAAGCUGGAUGAGAUCCACGUGGCUUUUGAUACUCGGACUGAGACGAGCAAAGGCUUCGCCUACAUACAGUAUACGAAUGCCGAUGCCGCCCUCGAUGCCUAUCGGGCCUUGGAUGGAAAGCAUUUCCAGGGUCGACUCUUGCAUAUCCUUCCAGCUGCCGCUAAGAAGACGUACAAAAUCGACGAUGUUGAGCUAUCUAAGCUUCCCUUGAAAAAGCAGAAGCAAAUCAAACGUAAAAUGGGUGCUACCUCAACAGCCUUCAGCUGGAACUCUCUCUACAUGAAUGCCGAUGCCGUGAUGUCCUCGGUGGCGGACAGACUUGGUGUUAGCAAGGCAGAACUGCUAGACCCGACGUCUUCAGACGCCGCUGUAAAGCAAGCACAUGCUGAAACGCAUGUCAUCCAAGAAACCAAAGCCUACUUUGCAUCAAACGGAGUGAACAUUGAAGCUUUCAAGGGUCGUGAACGUGGAAACACCGCAAUUCUAGUGAAGAACUUUUCCUUCGGCGUGAAGUCUGCUGAGCUCCGGAGUCUGUUCGAGCCGUUCGGCCAGAUUCUCCGCCUUCUCAUGCCACCUAGUGGCACCAUUGCAAUUGUGGAGUUCUCCAGGCCUGAUCAGGCACAAGCUGCAUUCAAGAGUCUGGCGUAUCGCAAGAUAGGUGAUUCUAUCCUGUUCCUGGAAAAGGCGCCCAAGAACUUGUUUGAUGGCACGGUGACUCCCACUGCUCUUCCCGAGACUCAGGCCAAGUCUCAAGGAUUCUCUACUUCGGACACCUUCGCGGCAGACGAGCCCGAGACUGGCAUAACCUCAACCCUGUUCGUCAAGAACCUGAACUUCUCCACCACGAAUGACGGGUUCCUGGAGGUCUUCCGACCAUUGGAUGGAUUCGUUACUGGCCGCAUCAAGACCAAACCCGACCCCAAGCGUCCCGGUCAAACCCUCAGCAUGGGUUUCGGUUUUGCAGAAUUCAGAACCAAGGCUCAGGCGCAGGCGGCUCUGGCAGCCAUGGAUGGUUACAAGCUCGAUCAGCACGAGCUUGUCAUUCGCGCCUCACACAAGGGCAUGGAUGCUGCGGAAGAGCGGAGACGGGAGGACACGGCCAAGAAAAUUGCGGCCAGGCGGACCAAGAUCAUCAUCAAGAACUUGCCUUUCCAGGUUACCAAAAAGGACAUUCGGUCCUUGUUCGGCGCCUACGGUCAGCUCCGCUCCGUGCGUGUGCCUCAAAAGUUCGACCGGUCAGCUCGCGGUUUCGGUUUUGCAGACUUUAUCAGUGCUCGCGAGGCGGAGAAUGCCAUGGACGCGUUGAAAAACACGCAUCUCUUGGGUCGCCGACUGGUACUGGAAUUCGCGAACGAGGAGGCUGUCGAUCCCGAGGACGAGAUCGCGAAGAUAGAAAAGAAGGUAGGAGAGCAGGUGGACAGGGUCAAGCUCCAGCAACUUACGAGUGGAGGGCGAAAGAAAUUCACCGUAGGGGCAGAGGAGGACGAAUCGUGA